CUUUAUCAUUUGGUCAGUUGGGGGAAUUGAGCCUGUGACCCUUCUGUAACGGUGCUGCCCUCUUAACCGCUCAGCAUAAUGCACGCAGUCCAAAACAUAUUGUUCGAUAAACACCCGUCUUCUAUUAUAAAUAUGGAUGUUUUCUAUCACUGCCCGACUUGUGCUGCCUGUUUAUGAGAUCCCACUGUUGGGCUCAGCGGGGGAUGUUUUUCACUGCGGCCACCCCUGAUGGGAAAAAAAAUAAUAAUGAUUCUGGUAAUAUUUUACAUGUCUGGAAUAGAUUCAUUGGAUUUACAUUAUUUCCUCUGGGACAAAUUCUCACAUUCCGACCUUUUGGAAGGAAUCAAUAACAAAAUAACAUGAUUCCCCUUAAAAAUAAACAUUGGGAACCUUUACUUUUAUUUUUUUAUUUAUUUACUUAUGAUAUAUUUGUAUUUAUUUAUUUAUUUACUGUUACUGAAUUGUUUGGGAUCGUAUCUUUCUAAAUGGAUCAAUAACGUCCUUGAAUUGUAUCGGCAACCAGAAAUCAUCAUGCAAAUCGAAUUGUUGUUAACUCAUUUGCUACCAAAGACACAUUUGUAUGUAUUUUAAGAGGUGAUGAUGGAACCGCACAAUAACAGAGAUUGUGUUUGGUACAGAUUUAAGCCAAAAAAAAAAAACGUCAACAACGUGGUAGAAGUGCGUUUUAUAAGAACUCGGACUGCUUCUGUCCCAUAGAAAUACAUGCUCCGCAGCAACCAGGAAGUGAAAAGUUAUAUUGCUAUGUAGCGCAUAGGAGGGUACGCACUGAAGGCAAUUUUUAGCGCUAGCAAACGCGUGCACACACACAUUAGGUUGUGAAAAUUGUAAAUACUUCAUAGUGUUGUACAGUAGCCUCACAGCAGAUACAGGCAAUUUUACUCCUACAUUUUAAGUUUUUUUCCGCAACCGAUAUAAGUACAUUUUUUUUUUCAUAACAUUAUGACUAAAAGAAUAUCAUCUUCCUUUAAUAUUUCAACUUUAUGCUACUAAAGUAAAUGAUUUUUUCCUCAUAAUGUUAUGACAUUUCUUGUCAAAUUGAGACUUUUUCUUGUUAUAUUUUGACUUUAGGGCGGCAUGGUGGCGGGGGGUUAGCGCACAGACCUCACAGCUAGGAGACCAGGGUUCAAUUCCACCCUCGGCCAUCUCUGUGUGGAGUUUGCAUGUUCUCCCCGUGCAUGCGUGGGUUUUUUCCGGGUAUUCCGGUUUCCUCCCACAUUCCAAAAACAUGCUAGGUUAAUUGGCGACUCCAAAUUGUCCAUAGGUAUGAAUGUGAGUGUGAAUGGUUGUUUGUCUAUAUGUGCCCUGUGAUUGGCUGGCCACCAGUCCAGGGUGUACCCCGCCUCUCGCCCGAAGACAGCUGGGAUAGGCUCCAGCAACCCUGUGACCCUCGUGAGGAAAAAGCGGUAGAAAAUGAAUGAAUGAAUAUAUUCUCAUUUCUUUUUAUUAUGUCUAUUAUAUUGGGCAAUAUUAGUGUAACAAUUACUGUGGGGAUGUUAUUUAAUGUCUUGAGGUCUCUAAUAAUGGUAUUUAGAAGGUAAGAUAAAUAGGAGACAACUAUACUGCACCUAAUUAGCUGUUGUAUUAAUAAAUAUGUGGAUGGACUAGGGCUGCACGGCACGCAGGCCUCACAGCUAGGAGACCCGAGUUCAAUUCCACCCUCUAGGUUAAUUGGCGACUCCAAAUUGUCCAUAGGUAUGAAUGUGAGUGUGAAUGGUUGUUUGUCUAUAUGUGCUCUGUGAUUGGCUGGCCACCAGUCCAGGGUGUACCCCGCCUUUUCGCCCGAAGACGGCUAGGAUAGGCUCCAGCAACCCCUGCGAAAAGCGGUAGAAAAUGAAAUUAAAUGAAAAUCUGCUGAUUUUCCCAUUUUUACUGUUGUUGUUGUUGUUUUAUAGUUGAAUAAUAUUUUCAGAGUGUGCCGCAUGCCAAUAAAAAGCUGAUGUGUAGCGACUAAGGACCGACAAACUGGAGUUGAGUGGAUUCAUUUGUUGCGUCGAGUAGUUGUGUGCGGGGCAGCAGCGGAGUUGUGGCGGUGUAUUUUCGUGGCGGAUUACUGUGGCAUGUUGAUCUUCUAAGGCGUGACAUAGAAUGUGUCCCUCUCGAGUGACGAGCGUUGGCAGCCUUUUCUGACAUCCGCUGUGGGACAAUAACAACACCGUCGCUGCCAAUAGCGAUCUCGAACGCAGGCAGGCAGGCGCCAGCGUGUACUCGCUCAUUUGCCGGUGCUGAAAGAAUAUUUUAGGAAGGUCAACCAUUUGCAAUUCUCCGGUGGUGAAAAGGCAGCGUGCUGAAGCUGGGUCUUGGCUUUUGGAUGAUUUGAUUGGUUAACAACCAUGAAUGUGUUAUCGCCCAUUUUAUACCUCGCUUUUCUGACAGCUGCCGCCUGGGCUUCCAAUGAUGAAACCCGCCUGGUCAAAACUCUCUUCACCGGUUACAAUAAGGUGGUUCGGCCCGUCAGUCACUUCAGCGACCCGGUGGUUGUCACCGUGGGCCUGCAGCUCAUCCAGCUCAUCAGCGUGGAUGAAGUCAACCAGAUUGUCAGCAGCAACGUUCGCCUCAAACAGCAAUGGAAAGACGUGAACUUGCACUGGAACCCGGAAGAUUAUGGCGGCAUCAGAAAGAUCCGAAUUCCUUCCACGGACAUCUGGCGACCCGACCUGGUGCUCUACAACAACGCCGAUGGUGACUUUGCUAUAGUGCAUGAGACCAAAGUGCUGCUGGAGCACACGGGGUUGAUCACGUGGAACCCUCCGGCCAUCUUCAAGAGCUACUGCGAGAUCAUCGUGCUGCACUUCCCCUUCGACCUGCAGAACUGCAGCAUGAAACUGGGCACCUGGACCUACGACGGCAACUUAGUCGUCGUCAAUCCCGAUAGCGAUCGUCCUGACUUGAGCAACUUCAUGGAGAGCGGGGAGUGGGUGAUGAAGGACUUCCGCAGCUGGAAGCACUGGGUGUACUACGCCUGCUGCCCAGAGACCCCCUACCUGGACAUCACCUACCACUUCCUCAUGCUCCGCCUCCCCCUCUACUUCAUCGUCAACGUCAUCAUCCCUUGCAUGCUCUUCUCCUUCCUGACCGGACUUGUCUUCUAUCUGCCUACAGACUCUGGUGAGAAGAUGACCCUCAGCAUCUCUGUGCUGCUUUCACUGACCGUCUUCCUGCUGGUCAUCGUGGAGCUCAUCCCCUCCACCUCCAGCGCCGUCCCGCUCAUUGGGAAGUACAUGCUCUUCACCAUGGUGUUCGUCAUUGCCUCCAUCAUCAUCACCGUCAUUGUCAUCAACACUCACCACCGCUCCCCCAGCACACACACCAUGCCUGACUGGGUGCGCAAGCUUUUCAUCGAGACCAUUCCAAACAUCAUGUUCUUCUCAACCAUGAAGCGGCCCGGGAAGGAAAAGCCGGUGAGGAACAUCUACGGCGGCGACUUUGACAUCUCAGACAUCUCCGGCAACCAGGCCUCUGCCGUGCCCUACCAGUCACCCAUCACCAAAAACCCUGACGUCCGCAGCGCCAUCGAAGGAGUCAAGUACAUUGCGGAAACCAUGAAAUCAGACGAAGAGUCCAACAACGCUGCUGAGGAGUGGAAGUUUGUGGCCAUGGUUUUGGACCACAUCCUGCUUUGCGUCUUCAUGGCCGUGUGUCUCAUCGGCACUUUAGGCGUGUUUGCCGGACGUCUCAUUGAGCUGAGCAUGCUCUAGAUGCCUGCUAGAUGCCUGCUAGAGGCCUGCUGGAUGCCUGCUAGAUGCCUCCAGCCACACCUUUUCCUCCAUUGAUGCUCUCUGUCAAAUGUAACAUUGAUGACACGGUGCUUUGUGGAGGUCCUACUUUGCUGUUUUGGUGCUUUAUAAUAAAAUAAUUUAUGUUGUGUUGCUCAUGUUAUCUUCUGGA